AGGUGGCAAGGCGUUUGGAGAGUACAUGGCAAAGUGGGAGUCACAGUUGGACGAAAUCAAUAAGGUAAUGAAAUGUCAUCAACUCUUUAUCUUUGUGUGAAACUGCCUUCCUAACAUUUUCCGUUCCAUCAGAUUGUUAAAGAAAUGCCUACCUAAGCUUUGAAGAAAGAGUUUGGAAUGUAACAUGUUUACUGAUUUAUUUCCAGGAAUUCCUAGACGACGAGUUUUACAAAGAUGACGAGGAGUUAUCAUUUAAACUAACUGAAUAUAAGGGUAGGCAAUUCAUUAUAUUCAACUUUGAAACGUUAUUACAAUUUUAUUAACUCCCAUAUAAUUUUUUUUUUUUUUAAAAGCAAUUAAUAUUUUCAAAAAUUAGUUUCAUGUCAUACAAAUAAAACACAUAAUUUGGCCUAGUUUAGAAAUCUAUUUUAAAUUAAUUUUUUUUUUCUCUUUCAGCAAAAUUCAUUGAAUGUGAUCAAGAUCUUUCUGGUGAUCUUAGUAAGUUUUUUGCUUUAUUGUUUAUACAGAAAUAUUUUGAAUUGAUCAAAGUGACAAAAUUGACAGUUUGGAGAGAACAUGCAAAAUUAACAUCCUUUUAAUAAAUGAGUUUUAAUUAUAUUAAUAAUUUUGUGUUGUAACUAAUCAAAUAGUUACUGAAUUUAUAUUCAAGCUCUGAAUUAUUUUAUUUUACGGCUUAAUAAAUACAUUUUUAUUUGUUACUAAAUAAUAUCUUACUAUUUUAAAAUUAUCCCAAUAACCUAAAUAUGAAUAGCCAAUAUAUGAAGAUUUUACAAUAAGGCUUCAGAAUCAUUUACUAUUUGUUAACAACAUACAUUGAAAUCUGGAAAUAAAAAAACUUGAAAUAGUUGACAAAUGUUCUAAAUCAACCUGGCAAUGAACAAUUUCUUAACAUUGUUUGAAACUGCAAAUAUCACCAUCCCAGUUUUUAGCUGAACCUUUCUUAGCUUAGUUUUGUUAUCUUUCCCAACUCUGUAUUUUAUAUUUCAUGCUGCAAAUAACUUUUUUCUGGGACAAAGGGUUUGCGUAAUUUCCAGGUGUCAUGGAAUAUUUAUAAUGACACAUACAAGUGGUCAAAAAAUUGUGUACCAAAAGAAGUACAAUCUUUACUUCAGAUGUCAUGGAUGUGAAGUACCUGCUCCAGAAACUAGGACAAGCCAAGACUCACCUUGAGGUGAUGAACAUGAUCAAAGAGGUCGACUCCACUCACAAGGAUGCCAUCAACUACAGGGAUUUUGUGAAGAUGAUGCUGGGAGCAAAGUCAAGCAUCCUAAAAAUGUAAACACACUUUUUAAAAAAAUUUAUUCUCAAUCCUAUACAUUUUAAAGAGGAUAAAUUUCAAUCAGGUACACUGUCAUUAAUGUUUAGGCCCUACCAAAUUUAAUGGGAUAAGUCAAUUUGACUUGAGAAACAAAAGUUCAAUAGAUUCCAAUUCAAAAAUUUUUAAAAAUUAAAUGCAUUAACUUGAUAUCCAUUACAUGAAUAAGUUUUAAGAACAGAACCAAUAGGAACAAAAGAAUAAUAAAAAUUAAAAGAAAGUGACCCUGAAAGUUGAGCACAAGUUAUUUGCAAAGUGGAAGAGACAUCAGUGUUAAUCCUGUUAAUCCUAUUAAUCCUAUUUAUUAAAUCUGAGAUCACAGAUCGAUUAGGAAGAUUUUAAUUUUAAUAUUUUCCCUUUUUUUUUAAUUUGAUCACAUUAGUACUAAUGAAUUAUAAAAUGCACAAAAUUAGUUUUUUUAUGAGAAAAGUAUAAAAACAAAAAUAAUUAAACUCAGACUUUAUUAAUGAAACAAAAAAUGCUGAAUUAGAGGAAUUAUUUAAUUAAUUUUUACAAUUAAUUUUCUUAAAGUAUAAUAUCAAUAAAUACCUUUGUGAAUUUUUAUUUAAAAUUUUUUUUUUUUUCAUUUUUAUCUAAACAUUAUUAAGAAAGUGUUUGUCAUUUGUCCACAGAAUUCUCCUGUUUGAAGGUCUGGGCAAAGCAAAAGAAAAGCCUAAAGGACUUCCACCAAAGAGAGAUCUUUCCAGCUUACCAUAAACAUUUAAAAGCACAUUCUUAACUUACAGAAGCAGUAUUAAUGUUUUUUCAUAAUUUUGAAUUUAGAAAAGAACUGGAAGAUGUAAAAUACAAAAAAAAAGAAAAAGAAAGGCAAAAUAAAAGGCUUAUCAUUGUUUGGAAUAAAACAAUUGUAUUAAGUUUAUCAGACAAAAUUUCUUAUAUAUAUGAUAUUAAUAUUUAAUCUGCUUUGAACAAACUUAAAAAUAAAAACAAAAAUGAAAUAAGAUCUAUGGCCAAACUUCCAGAACAAUUUUUUACCUAAAAACCUUUCUUCACAUUGAUCUAAAAUGCAUUCAAUGUUUGUUUUAAGUCAGUUUAUUCUUAGACCAAGAUUCAAUUAAUUUUAAAAAUCAUUUUGGGAAAACUUUUUUCCUAUGUAGAAUUUGAUUUCUCAUUCCAAUGAAACAAUUUGUAAUCAAAUGAAAUGAGGAAACUGUGACUAGUUUUUCUUGUGCAUCAAAUGUUUGCACGUCUCUUCAAAGUUCAACUCUAUGCCAAGCUUUAAUUUCAAAUAAAGUUUUAAUAUGAAGGUAACCAUUUUCAUCUUUUCUAAGAAAUCAUUUAAUCAACUUAAAAUAGUAAAAUAAGACAGUUCUAAAAAAUUUAACAUUAUUUACAAUUUAAAUAUAUUAAUUCAUUUAUGUUCAGCUUUUUCAUGAAUAAAAAGAUUCUUUUGUUGUUGCUAGGAGUAUGUGACGACUUAAAAGCUAUGAUUAUAAGUGUGAUUAUAUGACAAAGUGUAAGUGCACUUUUGAUAGAUGAAUUGACUCAUCUUAGUCCCAGCUACCAAAGUGUAUCAUCUACUAAAGUAUGUCUGACUUCUUGGAUCAGUGUGUGAAAUAUAAUGCAAUUGUUGGCUUGUUUAAUCUGUAUUAUUCAUAUGUCACAUUAUAUAUGUAAUAAAUGUAAGUGUAUAUUUUCAUCCACAUAGUCAAAGAGAUGCUUUACUUUUGAUAUUAUCAUGUUAUGUGUAAACAAAGAAACAACCAGCCAAACAAUAAUAUGUUAUGUCAUGAUUUAUUUUUUUUUGAAGACUUAUUACUUUUUUGUUAUUUAUUAAAAGAAAAUUAUCUGAAUAAAUGUUUGAGUUAAUUUGCA